AUGGUCCAGUACAUACUGACGCCAUGGCGUGAUCGCCGCGAGCUGCUCAAGGUUCGCCAGCAAUUCUAUCCCGCGGCCCCGCUGUCUAUGGCCCCUGCGUUUUCAGCAGCACCACCACCAGCAGCAACAGCAACAGCAACAGCGCUCGCACCCGCAUCCGCCCUCGCCUUACCGACAGCACCAUCAACACGAGGAGCGCCAGCGCCGGCUCCGAGUUCAGCUACAGGAGCACCGCCCUCACAGCACCACCAGCACAGGACGGGCACGACAAGCGCCAUCAGCGGCAGCAGCUAUUCUAGCGUCGACAAUGACGGGCUCCUGGCAGCCCAGCACCAUGCCGUCGCCAGGGUGUCGAUGUGGAUGCAGCGCGGCAACUGCCCGCACAUGGUCGAAUCGACGGCUCUGUUGACGGCCGCCAUCCUGAGCGACGGGGAGAGCAAGGGCAGCGCUGGCACCUACGCUGUUCGCGCCGCCUACGCCGCCGCCUUCAGCCGGUUCGUGACCGGGCUCCUGGAUGGACACCAGGACAAGCAGCGGAAGCUGAGCAUGUACUCGGUUGCCAAGACCAUUGGUCUACCGGCGACGUUCGUUGAGCUGCGACACCAGGCGACGCACGAGACGUUGCCGUCGCUCGCGAAGCUGCGAUCCGCCGCCCGCAAGGCACUGGUCUGGAUCUGGGAGUACUACUGGCAACACCUGGGGCCUGACGAGGAGGAGAGCGUCAAGGACGUGGUUCCUGAGAGGAAGGUCGGCGUCGCUACGGCUGCCGCGGGCCGUGCGGUCGUGGUCGCGUUCCUCGAGGAGCGGGACGAGGCACGACGCGCCGAGAUGAAGAAGUGGAUCGACGGGCUUGAUGAGUCCCGGCUGCUCGCUACGCUGGACAAGGUCGCGGAGGCUCCGCCAAGCAACGCCGUCAAGCUUGCUGCGCUGCGGUUAUCAAAGGGGAUCCUGCUGAAAGGGAAGGGCAUUGAGGGUGCGGGGCCAGAGUAUGAGAGGGACAGGGGUAGGAAGGUGGAUGAAAUCAAGAAGAAGAUAGCACAAGCGAAGGAAGCUCUCGCGGCGGAGACGCAACACGUCGCGGAGGACUCUGCGGACGACCUCGAAAUCGAUGAGGCCCAGGAGAGCGGUGGCACGGGAUGGGCGAAGUUUGAGGGCACUUGGAAGCCGCGGCCGAUUGGCGUCGCGUGA